UCUACCUGCACUCGAAACAAUUUUUCUUUUUUUUAACAGAACUAAUGGGCGUACAAUUAUGAUACUUAUAUAUUUAGAACCCGCAAACAACGCACAAUUUAUUAAUAAAGUUUGAAUUAGUGGAUUAUUAAUAUCGGAUGCCAUAUUAACACGACUUUUACCCUUUGUAUAUCUAUUAUCUGUGACUUAACCUUAGCUAUAUGACAAACUCAAAUUCUAACCUAUCAUCUCUUGUUUGUUGGGGUGUUUGUGAAAGUAAUUUGUAAGAUGAAUGUAGAAAUUAGAGAAAUUGACUGUAUAAAGGGUAAAGGUUUAUUUGCAAAAAAGUUUUUACCAACUGGCAGUGUAAUUUUGGAAGAGGAGCCUCUUGUUUGUUGUCAGUUCUCUUGGAAUGCAGCAUGUAACUAUAAGGCAUGUGAUCACUGUUUAAGGCCCCUUGAAUCUGCUCAAGAAAAUGCCCGCAGAUUAGCAGGAAAUUAUAAUCUGGUUCUUCCACAUCCUGAAUGUUGUACUACUAAUAAAACUGCAAUAUGUGAAUGUGCCUCUUGUGGAACCGAGUAUUGUAGUCAAGAUUGUUUAGUAACUGCAUUUAACCAAUAUCACAGAACUUUAUGUCUUCAAACUAAAGAAAGGAAUGGUUUUCAUCCCUUAGAAACACUUAAUGAAGCCUGGAAACAAAUUCAUCAUCCUCCAGAAACCAGCACAAUUAUGAUACUUCCUAGAUUAAUAGCAACCAUAGAGCAAGCUGAGAACCCUGAUGAAAUGUUGAAAAGAAUUUUGAAUUUCACUCAUCGUACUAGAAAUGAAGAUUUAGAGUUGGUCCAUAAAAUAAUGGGAGACAAAUAUGUAGAUAGUUUAAACACCUUGUACAAUCUUCUUUUAGCAGCUGUUCCUCAUGAUGUUGUUGGUCCUUUAUUAACUCUAGAAGGCUUUUAUAGUAUGCUGGCACUGUUAGGUACUAAUGGACAAGGAGUAGGAACCAGCCCUAUUAGUCAAUGGGUCACCAAGGCAUCCGAGUUACCACUUUCAAAGGGUGAAAAGAAACGGCUUGAUCAAUUUAUUGACAAACUUUAUGAAGAUAUGGACAAACACUCUGGUAACUUUCUGAAUAACGAAGGCGUGGCCCUAUUUUCCAUGCAAAGCUCUGCAAAUCAUAGUUGUGAUCCUAAUGCUGAACCAAAUUAUCUUCACAAUAACAGUAGGUUGUCUCUAGUUGCGCUUAAAGACAUUCAGGAAGGAGAUGAAAUUUGCAUUAGUUACUUGGACGAAUGUAACCUGAGCAGAUCUAGGCAUUCCAGGCACAAAAUGUUGAAAGAAAAUUACCUGUUUGUAUGUUGUUGUCCCAAAUGCAAAGAACAAGUUGAAGAUCCAGACGUUACAAGUUCAGAAGAAGAAGAAGAAGAUCAUGAUGAUGAUGACGAUGGUGAAGACAUGAGCGAGUAACGUUAAUUUCGUUUUUAUUGAAGUGAAUACUUCUUAUGUAACGGCAUAUAAGUUCUAUUAUUAAGAAAAAACUUCAAAUUUUCUUUACCUGUAAGCCGGGAGGGGUGCAGUUGUCCAUUUACCAUCUUCAUUACGCCCUUAUGUAUCUAGCAGCGAAACGUGUUGCCUCGCUCUUCAUUCAACUAAUUUGGUAAAGAAGUAUUCAUUUUAGCCUUGUGGAAGAAAACACACUUUUUUGUAUUCAAAUGGUUCUUGACAAUUAGCAAAAGCAAUAAACAAAGAAUUAUCGUUA